GAGGCUUAAUCAGAGGUGAUCAACAGCAGAUCACUGGUUUAGUUUUGUUUAUUUAUAAAUAACCUUUGGAUGACCAUCAUUAUGCAUCCCUUCAGGGUAUUCAUAUGAAAUUUUGAUUGCCUGGGAUUACUUCUUGCAGCCAGUUUUAAUCAGAUGAACUACUGAACUCUUUAAAAUGGUCUCACUUAAAACUGAGAUCAUUUUACUUCUUAAUAAGCUGUGGAAUGCCUUGGCAUAUGUAUUUAUAGUCAACUUUUUAUGGACUGCAUGACAGGCACAAAACCCAGAAAAGGAGCAUGUAGGGAGAAUUAUGGUCCAACAUUGUACAGCACCUUUAAAAAGGUUUCAUAAACACAAUUUUUACUUGUAUUUGCAUUUCACAUUACUGGCCAAAGCAAAUUAGAACAUGAUUGGAAACUUUUUUAUUUUUAUUUUUUUCCAAAAAUCUUAGACUGCCAUAUUUUUACGUUAUAUUUUUUUGUUUAGGGACAUUCAUUGUAACUACAACGCCACAGUCUCAGUGCUUCUGCAGCCUCUAACGUUUUGAACUUUGAUCCAUCUAUCCUUGUAUUAUCUUUUGACCACACAGGAAAGGAAUCUCCACAGCAGGGUGCUGCUUUCAGGCUAACCUGCACUAAUCGUUUUCUACCAAUCCUUCUGUUUCUCAUCUAACCAGAACACCAAUAAACUCCAGGCAAAGUCAGGACUAUGUAAUUCCAUCCAUCAUAUCACUUAUAAAAUAUUUCAUAUUUCUUUCAUAAAACUCAUAAAUAAAGAAGCAGUGAGUGAACCUCCCUGCCUGUUACAUCUCUCUGCACCUACAUAAAUGAUUAGAGUUCAAAUAAUUUUAUGAUCGGUUUUCUUUGAGGUUUUAUUUUACACAUGGAAGUUUGACCGAAACAAAACAUGCAACUUCCUCCACGUACCUACAGAGCUGUGCAUCAUGGGGCAGAGGUAUGAAAUUCAUAUCCUCUUUAAGUCAGAACAUCAAGUCUUCUCGUAUUCCAAAUACACAGAGUUUCUACAGAUAUUAUCACUAUUGGUUUCACUUACAUGUUAAAGGGUCAGGAGGAAUUUUUUUUUUCUAUAAAUUCUGCAUUAUCUAAAAUAGAUGCUGGCUAUGUUGAACAAGAGCUAAAAUCAGAUGCUAUUCCCAUUUUGAAGGUUCACAGUUAACAACUUUCCCACUUCUAACAUUAUAUAAUCCUGAUCUUGAAACUGCAGCAGUUAGGCAUGCAACAUGCAAUAAACCUUAAGUAGCCUCUCUGUGAGUGCCUUCAUAGGACCUCAGCACUCUCUGCACCCUCCCAUAUCAGUAAAAGGAGUGAUGUGGGCCUCCUCUGCAAGCUUUCUUUUCUGGAGCUGUUUUACUGACAUGUCGGUGUCUCUGAGCCUAGAACUGCAUCUGCGUUUGCUGUCUUUCCAAAACAAUUGUUGAUGUGGAGGAGUAAAUGAUCAACCGUUCUACCUGUUUUUCUAUCUUCAUGCUCAAAAGUGUCCACAUUCUCCACAGAGGUAAUUGAGGGACUGGUGCUUCAGACUGAGUAAAGCAAUUCUUAAAAACCUCUAAGAGAAAUAUCAGUGCAACGUUUUGUCUCUCUCCCUACAGUCUGAAGCUUCCUCAUCCAUUUAGAGGCUCUCAAAAGUUACUUGCUUCGUUAUUCUAAUUUCUCUGAUUGUGCAUAUCAUUAUCAUUAUUAUGUUGAACAUGAAAUAGCUGUAUUCUUUCCUGUGUUUUUGACCUUGACUGGUAGUUAUGUUAUUUGCACACAAGAGGGCAGUGCAGUGAGAGAAAGGUGUGGUCACCUUAAGUUAUAGAGGUUUAAUUUGGUUUCAGCCAGACACCUGUUUGUUUUAUAGAUAUUAGGACCCAACAGAUGGCGGUAGAGCAACAAUUAUGGAUGCAAGCUGCCGUUAAAAUCUAAGAAAGAAGAAGAAGAAGAACCUGUCUGUUUUCUUUUGCUUCGGUUCUUUUGCUCAGUGUUUGGCAACCACAGAUAUGCUUUUGACAGGCAUCAUGGGAUCCCCACUGAAAAGUCUGGUUCAUGAUGAUGAUAGGUACCAGAGAUCCUUCCACCUUUUUCUGGAGCGCUCCUCUGAACACCAAUGCAUGCGGGACUUCAUCCACAGUAAACUACCCGACAUUCUGUCCAGCAUUGGAGAUGGAAAGUCCCAUCUAAAUGUCAUUGGAGUUGGAAGCGGAGCUGGUGAGAUAGACCUAGAGAUGCUCAACGAGCUACGUAAGAAGCGUCCAGGGGUGACCGUAGAUAAUGAGGUGGUGGAGCCAAGCAGCCAGCAGCUACACAACUACAAAGUUUUAGUGUCGCAGAAACCUGAGCUAAACUACAUCAAGUUCACCUGGAACAAGAUGACGGCCUCGGAGUUUGAGGAGCGCUGGAAACUGAGCGAGACGACGAAGAAGGCAGACUUCAUUCACAUGAUACAGAUGCUGUACUAUGUGAAGGAUCCCGGUGCUACCAUCAGCUUCUUCCAGAGUCUCCUCGAUAAGAAUGGGAAGCUUCUCAUUAUUCUUGUGUCUGGAGAGAGCGGCUGGGGGAAGCUGUGGCGGAAAUACAGGCACGAGCUCUGCAAUACAGAAAUAAGUCAAUGCGUGACCACGGGAGACAUCAAAAGCCUCCUGGACUCAAAGGGAGUGAGCUACCACAGCUUUGACCUGCCAUCUCAAAUGGAUAUCACCGAGUGUUUCACGGAGGGAGAUGAAAAGGGGGAGCUGCUGCUUGACUUUCUCACCGAAGUGCUGGAUUUUAAUAAAACGGCGUCACCAGAGCUGAAAGACGGCGUGUUGGAGCUGCUCCGGCAUCCGGACUGCAGCAUGGAGUCUGAGGGCAGAGUGAUCUUUAACAACAACCUCGGUGUCAUAGUCAUCGAUAAGCCAAAUUAAAAACAGAUCUUAGCUAGAGUGAAGGUCAGAUUAGUCCUAGAUGAUGAUGAAAUACUUUCAAGCACAUUGAGUAUCUUCAAGCUUUAUCCUGUAUUGAAUUUAGUUUUGUAUACAUGUUGAUGUUUAAUGAAUUCUAAAGUUCUCUAACGUAAAAUAAAUUAAUGUAUUCCUUUCAAUUUUUAUGAUUAAACUUGUAUUAUUAUGACAUCAAAGAUCAUUCUUACUCCGUUACAGACACUAGAUUUUUAUCCGGUCAUUACAGUUUGUAAUGAGCUGCUGUUGGCAGGCUGCUGCCCAGACCCCAUCAUACUGCUGCUUUCUCCGGGAGCGUUUUAUUCCAACUGUACAAAUAAAUAUAGAACU